CCCAAAAAAUGCAUACGUGUCAAAUCGUUACCGGCUCUCUUCUAAACCCUCACAAAAGUCUCAUUUUCAACUUCACUGCAUUGGAUAAGCCUCUCUUUCCUUUUCAACCUCACUUUCUCUUCGUUUCUCGCAAGAAAAGAAAAUUAAUUCAAUCUCGUAGCCAUAUCGGAAUGCCAAUGCUGCUUAUCUCUCCAUUGGUUUUCUCUCCCUUGCCGAUAUGAUAUAGAUUUUUCCUGGCAUAUUCUCUCUGUUUAUCAUUCUUUCAAUCUCAGUUUCAGUUUCUGACAUAUUAUUGAUUAAAUGGCGGCAGUUACUUCGGUCUCCUUCUCUGCAAUCAAUCAGUCUCCCGGCGACAGAAAAGCCUUUGCUUCGUGCACGCGCUCCUUCGCUUCGAAUUUUGACAAUUGCCGAUUCCGUACUCGUUUUCAUUGUCAUUAUGUGGGCGUUAGAACUUCAAAUUCCACUUCUCGCAUGGUUAUUCAUUGCAUGUCCACUGCUACAGAUAUGCCGCCCACUGUAUCUGAGACGAAGUUCAAUUUUCUAAAGGCAUACAAGAAGCCAAUUCCCAGUAUCUACAAUACUGUUCUGCAAGAGCUCAUUGUUCAGCAACACUUGAUGAGGUACAAGAGGACGUACCGCUAUGACCCUGUCUUUGCCCUUGGUUUUGUUACUGUGUAUGAUCAACUAAUGGAAGGAUACCCGAGUGAUGAGGAUCGAGAGGCCAUUUUUCAAGCAUACAUAAAGGCAUUAAAGGAGGAACCCGAGCAAUAUAGAGUUGAUGCAAAGAAGUUGGAAGAAUGGGCUCGCUCUCAGACUUCCAGUUCAUUAGUUGACUUUUCAUCAAGAGAAGGAGAAGUUGAGGGAAUAUUGAAGGACAUUGCAGAAAGGGCUAGGAGUGGGAGUUUCAGCUAUAGUCGUUUCUUCGCUGUUGGACUAUUUCGUCUUCUUGAGCUUUCAAAUUCCACUGAGCCCACCAUAUUGGAAAAGCUUUGUGCAGCAUUAAAUGUAAAUAAAAGAAGUGUGGAUCGGGACCUUGAUGUCUAUCGCAACCUCCUUUCCAAACUGGUUCAAGCAAAAGAGUUGCUGAAGGAGUACGUGGAAAGGGAGAAGAAGAAACGAGAAGAACGGACAGAGACACAGAAGGCUAAUGAGGCUGUCAAACAAUGUCUUGGAGAGCCCCAGUAUGCGAGCUAGUCUCCAUACAACUGAUCAUCUGUGCAUCUCCAGCCUACUGAUUUCUCUCUUAUAUUGAGGGGGAAUAUAAAGCCUCCGUUCUUUCUGCACAGCAGCUCGUGGGGCUUGCACUUUAAACUCUGUUGUUCUAGACAUGGUAACUACAAUACAUCGUGUCCUUGUGUCAUAUAUAUAACCUUCAUUUUGCAUUGUUUGAAUUUAAAACAGUUUUUCUUUGUUAUACCACAAAUGUAUCAUUAUAAUACUGUCGUCAGUUGCCUGUUUAUCAGUCAUCUCCAUAUUAGUCUACCGGUCCUUGCUUCUCUGA